CCACCGCGCCCGCUUCCCGCAUGAGGCUGCGGCAUAGCGCGUUGGGCGCAAGGGCACCGCCCAGCCGCUCCCUCCCCACUUGCAGCGCGCUCCCACCACCAGGCUCCGGCGUCCGCGCAGCGGGACUUGGUGCCUGGCCCCAGUCUCCGUGGUGGCGCCCGGGUUACCCCGCUGCCGCCUCGGGGCGCGCCAAAGGCGACGGGGGAAGGGUUGGCAGGUGGGAGCAGGGUCAGGCUCCCCGCAUGUGCUCCCAUCUCCCCGCAGAGCGCUCGGCUUUCACCCACCAUCCCCGAGCGCGGCCAGCCUGGGGCGUGCCCCGGCCGCCCCGUCUCCGCUCCCAGCAGUGCCUGCCGCACACCCCAGAGAGCAGCAUCCCCGGGCUGGCUGGUGUCUCCUGGGAGGCAGCUGCCAGGGGCUGGCUCGCUCCCAACCAAGCUGAAGCGAGGAACCAGCUCUCUCCCGUCUCCACCCGCAGGUAUGGGAAUCGUCCCCCCCCAGCCAUCCAGAAGGACUAUCAAAAUAAAGAUGAGCCAUCAAGGAACAUCACAAUACAAAGGAUUGGUUAAUGGCCCUAUCCUACCUGGGAAAAGCUACAUGCAAGGAAGCUCAUCCUAUGGACUUGAAAACUGAAUGAAGGAAAUAAAAUCACAGGAAAUUUGUCUAUCUCUCUCUUUGCUGUUUGAACUCUGGGAGGGCCAGAGACUGAGGCAGAUAUCCCCAGACACUUUGAAUUGACAGAUCUCUACAGCUCUGUCACUCUAGUGAUUUAGAUGAUAACUCAUUUGUUAAAACGUAAUGGCUGCAGCUGUGUUUACCUGUAGUAUAAUCCUAGUGUUUAUCUCUUCAGUGAAGGCAGAGGAAUGCAUGGUACAUGAUGUGCUGCAUAGUCAAAGUUUGGUAUCUGUACUGGUAGGAGAACCUCUUACUAUUGAUUGUUUGUUAGAUAAAACACUGGCUCUUCAGCACAUGAAUUACAGCUUGACUUGGUAUAAAAGUGGGAGAAAAAUGCCUGUAACUCAAGUGAAACUUUCCAGAAUACAUCAGCACGAGAACUUGCUUUGGUUUAUGCCUGCAAUUUUAGAAGACUCAGGAUCCUAUGAAUGUGUCAUGUGGAAUUUAACAAGCUGCAAGAAAAUAUAUUUCAGUGUAAUCGUUUUCAAAAAUACUGCUGGUUUGUGUUUUAAUGGGGAUUUUCUCUAUGCUCAAGAGAUAUCAGCAUCAUCAAAUGCAAAGAUUGUGUGUCCUCAUCUAGACUAUUUCAGAGAUGAGAAAAAUACUUUACCCAUUCACUGGUAUAAGGAAUGUAAUCUGAUUGACAAUGAAAGAUUUCUAAAUCGGGAUGAUGAUCUCAUAAUAAAUAGUGCAAAUGUAAAUGAUUCAGGAAAUUACUCCUGCAAGAUGACAUAUAAUUAUAUGGAAAAAGAAUAUAACAUUUCACGAAACAUUUAUGUAACUGUUAUAGAGACCCCACUGAAGAAGAAAACUGAAAUUCUUUAUCCAAGAAACAAUACAAUUGAAGUGGAACUUGGGUCCAAUGUUGUUGUGGACUGCAACGUAUCAAGUUUUAAAGAUAAUUCAAUUGGAAUAUCCUGGAGAGUCAAUAAUACUUUAGUCAAUUUUUUGUUUAUGGGGAGAGUCCAAGAGGGAAAUCAAGAAGAUUCUUUCCCAGAUGGGUACUUAUUAUCUACAGUGACGCUCAACAUCACAGAAGUGAAGCAGGAGGAUUAUGGACAUCAGUUUGUGUGUUAUGCUGGUGAAGUUGCAGCCUACAUUGCAUUAAGACAGCCAGUUCGAAAUUUUCAAGGAUACUUGAUUGGAGGACUCCUUGCACCAGUGUUUGUAAUAGUUGUUGCCAUAUUAAUCUACAAGUAUUUCAAGAUUGACAUUGUGCUUUGGUAUCGAAAAUCCUGUCGUCAUUUUCUGAGUAAAGAAGUUUCAGAUGGGAAGAUCUAUGAUGCAUAUGUGUUGUAUCCAAAAAUCAACAAAGUAGAUUGCAUCUACGCACCAGAUAACUUUGUGCUAAAGCUGCUUCCUGAGGUUUUAGAGAGACAGUGUGGAUAUAAUCUGUUUAUACUUGGAAGAGAUGAUUUACCAGGAACAGCUGUGAUCAAUGUUGUUGAUGAAACCAUUAAGCAGAGCAGAAGGCUUAUAAUUGUAUUAGUACCAGAAUCAUCAAGUUGCAGUUUAUUAGAGGAUAUCUUCGAACAGCAACUGGCUGUGUACAGUGCUCUUGUCCGGGAUGGAAUUAAAGUUAUUCUGAUUGAGCUAGAGAAAAUAAAGGACUAUACGAACAUGCCAGAAUCAAUCAAAUACAUUAAGCAAAAGCAUGGGGCCAUCAGAUGGAAAGGAGACUUCACAGAGAAAUCUUAUUUAGCAAAUACAAAAUUUUGGAAAAAUGUCAGAUACCGAAUGCCACCCAGACGUCCAACUUCUUCAGAACUACACUUGCUGCCAACAGCCUUGAACACCUUUCAAACCACAGAAAGAUGAGGCAUAUGUCACUUUAAUGGCCCUGGGCAGCUCCAUUUUGAAAGCUGUCUUGGUGGAUUUUAUUAGAAUGCUGAUUGUGUACAUGGUAAAUGGAUGAUUUCACUGAAAGCCUUUCAGGAUUGCAUUCACAGGUUAAAGAAAGCUAAUUAAUUCUCAUUCCACUGUGCAUAGCUAGCCAGCAGGAUACACAGUAAUAUUCCUUCAGUGUUAUAUUAAUGACAACGUUAGAAUGAUGACAGCAGAAAAGAAGCACCGAAAACAGCAGAAACCUCUGGGGAAAAAAUAAGCUUUUGAAAGGGCACUUUUAAGACCCUUUUUGAACAGUGUGUUUCUAGAAAAAAAAACUGUAUUAAAGCAGAUUAAGUAUAAUGAACAUUCAGGUAUCUUUUAUGUUAACUGAGUCCAGAUUUAUAUUCUGAGUUUUGUUAGUGAUAUUUUAUGUCUUUAGCCUAGGUGAUACAAUUGCAGUAGUUAAAAAUGCAGUUCAUUAAUCUGUUCUUUAUCACUAACUUACUCAGUCCAUCCAGGUUAGACCCACUUCACCCUGCCACCAAGCACAGUCAGACAUUGCCAUGCAUAUCCUGCAAAAGCUCAUCUUACUCUGAAUUGUAGAUCUUCAGCUCCCAACAAAUACAUUUUUAGAUGAAUAUGAACAGUUUGAAAGAUGGAGGCAGUUCAGCUGAAAGAUGCCACAGUGAUCAGUAAUAUUAUGCUUAAAAACUAAACAUAUUUUAAAUGAUCUGGAAGAGGGGCAAAGGAUUAAACAGAUGUAAAAUGUUAAUUACUUCACUGAUAAUACUAAUUUGGGGUAUGAGGCAAGCACCAAGGAGCACAAAGUAAACCUAUGAAGGCUGGAAAUCCAUGCGUAAAAUGAUACAACCUAAUCCAAUAAGAUUCACUAGAAGCAUUACAAAAUGUACUGUACUGAACAGUCAGUGACCUGGCAUAAAGACAGACGAGGUGAUCGAAUAAGUCUCUUCCAUCUCCUAACGUCUAAGAAUUGAUGAGAAGUGCUGGCAGUGUGUUUAAUAUUGGUCAGGUAUAAGUAUUAAGUUAAUGGAGCAAGUGUGGGGGGUUUUUUGGUUUGUUUUUUAAGAAAAUAUAUGCCAUAGUUGCAGCUGAUUUUUAAUAAAUUUCCAGUACUGUUUUGAGUCAAUUUUUGAAGCAAACUGCAGGGAUCUGAUGGUAUAAUUUCCUCUUGCAUAAAUUAUAAUGACUGCUAAAGCCUCUUACAGUUUUGUGGAAAAUAUAACCCUUUUGAAGCAGCGGUGUAUUGUUAAGCAAAUGAGACUGAUGUUGACCAGAACUACCCCACAGAGGUUGCUGGCCAGGAGAGAUGGCAAGUUUUAGAAGUGAUACCUUUUUUGAGAAAAGGAGGCAGGAUUUUCAUUGACCUAUCCUGGCACAGUGGAGGAUUUAAUGUUUGCAGGUUGUAAUAGAGUAGUCUGUGUAUACUUAUCCAAAGUGUUCUGGCUACAACUGCUAAGAAAUUAGUCUGCACUGGAGAGGACCACAAGGGCCUGGGAUAUGUUUAAGAUACAGGGAUUUACAACAACGAACUAGUCAAUGUAUUGGCUUUCAGUGGAUUACAGGUGGAAGGAAAUUGGUAUUUUUGUAAAUGAUAGGAAAAAAUCAUGCUUUUGAAAUGAAGAGAAGAGUAGAGUUGCAAAGUGCACAUUGGUCAUGUGAGAAAUGACAACCUGUAGGGCAGGCCAGAUAAAACUGGAAAACUGUAGUGAAAUUUGGGAGAUCAAAUAUUGAAUAUCUAAAUGUAUGGAUACUAUACUGACCUUCUGUGGAUCUACUGGUUGUCUUCUAAAUUAGCCAGAAAAAGUUAUUUCACUCUGAAACUAAUGCUUAAGGCCCCAUGAUUACAAUGGAACUACUUGCAAAAAUAGUUAAGCGUGUGUGUGUUUGCUUGCCUAGAGGUCUGUGACAAGGGGGACUCUCAAUGCAGAUAGAAGUUGGCUAUGUAAAAGAAGAGCUCUGACUCCUGACAUUAAAUCUGUAAUUGGUUUGAAAUUAACAUAUCCAACCCCUAGAAGUAUUGACUAUAGAUACAUGAAGCUUCACAGAAGACACUGCAUUGAUUUGCAGGAUCAAUUCUUUUUUAAUACUGCUUAAUAAAGUAACUUGCUCAGGGUCUGAUACGUAUGGUUUAUAUUAUAGAUAUUCUAGCAAGUGCAGCAAUACAUUUUUGUAAUUGGCUAUGAUCAAAGGUGGGUAUGGGGAAAUAUGAACUUUGUGUGCUCUCAGGUUCAGCACAAAAGGAAGGAAUUAUAUCACUGGGUCAAAGAACUGUGCUUCUAAAUGCUCAGUAUAUUUUACAUAAGGUAAAUUGUAUUUGUAUCAGUCAAUGAAAUCCCUCUCUCUCUAACAUACAUAUUUUUAAGAUAGGGUGACCAGACAGCAAAUGUGAAAAAUUGGGACGGGGGUGAGGGGUAAUAGGAGCCUAUAUAAGAAAAGACCCUAAAAUCGGCAUAUCUGGUCACCCUAUUUUAAGAUAAGAGAAAUGUAAUAAAACCUCCAGACUGUUGUUUGAAUAGAGUGGGAAUGGUCGUGCUAUCAGGAAGAAAUAUUUUCCAUCUAUAGCAUUGCACAAUUGGAUAUGUUUAUUUUGAGGUUUUUUCCUUUUCUCUGAGCCUCAGGUACUGACCUACAUACCCACCCUGCCUUCCUACCAAAGCUGGUGUCACAUUUCCACCACAAUCAGGACACUUUUCUGCCUGUCUUCUUCCCAAAGCGUCACAAAACUGAUGAGGAACAUUGACUAUAUACCAUAGACAUAGAUGGCCCCUGUACUUUUAUGUUGAAAGAACCAAACCCUUCCGAAAGUCAACACAGCUCUUUGUAGUGAACAGGAUGAAAGGUCUGCUGGUGUCAUCCCAGAGCAUCUCGUCCUGGAUAACCGCCUGCAUCCUGAUUUGCUAUGAAGGUUCUGCCUCCAGCCAUCACGACAGCCCAUUCCACAAGGGCCCAGGCUUCAUCAGCAGCAUUCCUCGCACAGACACCAAUCCAGGACAUUUACAGGGCUGCGACAUGGUCAUUGAUUUAUGCCUUCGCAUCCCACAAUGCCAUCACGCAACAGGCCCAUGAUGAUGCCAGUUUUUGGGAGGGCAGUGUUGCAGUCAGCACGUUCAUGAACUCCAAGCCCACGUUCAGAGAUAUUGCUUGAGUCACCUAGCAUGGAAUUGACAUGAGCAAGCACUCAAAGAAGAAAAAAUGAUUACUGAAAUUUCAUAACUGUUGCUCUUUGAGAUAUGUUGCUCAUGUACAUUCCAUUACCCAGCCUCCUACCCUCUGUCAGAGUUACCGGCAAGAAGGAACUGAGCAAGUGUGGGACUGGCAGCACCCCUUAUACAGGCGCAUAGGCACAGGGCUUCAGGAGGUGCUAGGGCCAGCCCCAUGGAUACCACUAAGGGAAAAAAAUCUCUGGCAACUGUGCACAUGGUGCGUGCACACCUAGCAUGGAAUGCACAUGAGCAACACAUCUCAAAGAACAACAGUUACGGAAGGUCAGUAACCGUUUUAUCCAGGGGCUAGUUAACAGAAUAUGGUGGAGCCAAGGCAACCUACUAGAAAUUUCAGAUUACUUGGUAGGCGUUAAGACUAGGAGUACAAGUUCAGUUACCAUAUACAGCAUCAAAAGUUCAUACUCAAGUUUCUGAGCCGAUACAGUUCCACUGGCCAGGUUCCUGGGGAAUGCCAAAUGGUACAAAGUGGAAUUUCAUCGAUUGGCUUCCUUUUAACACUAUAGCUUUGAGAGUCCAAAAUGCUCUGGCGUACUGUCAUUGAGCAUGAACUAACACAACUAGAAUUCCCAAAUGCCUCCAAAUCAAGUAAUCCCUGCUUCUCUGGGGGAGGCAGCCCAUCAAAACAUUUCCAAGAUUUCAUCUUCAGAUAUAAAGAAAGCCUUGUGUUUUUCUUAAAAUAAAUAAAAUCUAUUUUUACAUCAGUAACAUGGGGUGCCAGUCUCUCUUAGCUGGAGGACUUUCAUCAGACCUUGGACAGUGGCAUCAAUGGAGGCUGAAACUGUAGCUGCAGCUUUUAAACCUUAAUGGCCAGUUGAGCGUUGCCAUUCCUUUUCCCCCAGACUGAACAGUGGGAGACCUGCAAGUCAGAUUUCAGCCACCUCUGGCAUCCCUAUCCAGAUCCUCCAAAGGUCAAAGUCCUCCAGCAAGAAGAGGAAUCUCAGAAACUGACAUUCUGUAUAUUUCCACUAAUAAAAUGACACAACUUUUUGAUAGAUAAGAAUUCUAGUAACAAAGAGAGACAACCAAAACGUAACCAAUUACUUUAAUGAGGGAUUU